AGUCAGCUCUACACUACCAAGUCACCCAGGAAAUAGCCAAGGAACUCAGCCCAACGUCCUUUUCGCUUUCCAUUAUAUAGAUAUUUGGCCGUCCUUUGGUCAUUCGAAAUCAUUACUUCUAAUAUCGUUAUCAACUUUCCCCUGAAAUCCACCACCAUUUGCCUCUGUUUAUGCCCAAAAAAUAAGAAUAAGACUCGGCGAAGGAACGACGCUAGGAGGAUUCGGGACUCUCAGAAAUGGCAGCGGUUAAGGUUGAAUUGGAGGUCGGAAGUGAUGGGGUUGCAGUCAUCACUAUGUGUAACCCUCCUGUAAACGCCUUGGCUAUUCCAAUUAUUAGGGGGUUGAAGGAGAAAUUCGAUGAGGCCACGAGAAGAGAUGAUGUAAAGGCUAUUGUUUUGACUGGCAAGGGUAGGCGGUUUUCUGGUGGAUUCGACAUCAGUGUCAUGCAGAAGGUUCACCAAACUGGGGAUGUCACUAUUGUUCCUGAUGUCUCUGUCGCACUGGUAGUCAAUACAAUUGAAGAUUCCAAGAAGCCUGUUGUUGCAGCCAUAGAGGGACUUGCUCUUGGAGGUGGCUUAGAAUUGGCUAUGGGAUGCCAUGCACGUAUUGCUGCUCCAAGAACUCAGCUUGGCCUUCCAGAACUGACACUAGGAGUGAUUCCUGGAUUUGGAGGCACUCAGCGUCUUCCAAGGCUUCUAGGGCUGUCUAAGGCUGUUGAAAUGAUGCUGACAUCUAAACCAAUCAUGUCUGAAGAAGGAAAGAAACUAGGGCUUGUUGAUGCUAUUGUGUCUUCGGAAGAGUUGUUGAAGGUAUCUCGGCUGUGGGCUGUUGACAUUGUAGAGGGGCGCAAACCUUGGAUACGUUCACUUCAUAGGACGGACAAACUUGCUUCCCUCUCUGAAGCACGUGAGGCGCUGAAAAUGGCCAGACAACAAGUCAAGAAGACUGCUCCACAUAUGCCUCAGCACCAGGCUUGCCUGGAUGUGAUUGAGCAUGGAAUAGUUUAUGGAGGCUACAGUGGAGUUCUGAGGGAGGCAGAACUAUUCAAGAAGCUAGUCAUAUCUGACACUUCAAAAUGUCUAGUCCAUGUUUUCUUUGCUCAGCGUGCAGUAUCAAAGGUGCCUAACGUUACUGAUAUUGGACUUAAACCGAGAAAUAUAAAGAAAGCUGCUGUUAUUGGAGGAGGUCUGAUGGGUUCUGGCAUUGCUACAGCUCUUAUACUGGGCAAUAUACGAGUUAUACUCAAGGAAGUUAACUCUGAAUAUCUGCAGAGGGGAAUCAAAUUAAUAGAAGCAAAUGUUCGUAGCUUAGUAACAAAAGGAAAGUUGAAAAAAGAUGGGGCAGAUAGAACACUCUCACUGCUUAAAGGCGUGCUUGAUUACUCUGAAUUUAAAGAUGUGGAUAUUGUCAUUGAGGCUGUCAUUGAAAAUGUUAGUCUCAAACAAACUAUAUUUAAAGAUCUUGAGAAUACCUGCCCUCCCCACUGCAUUUUAGCAACAAACACAUCAACUAUUGAUCUUAACAUCAUUGGUGAAAAGACCAGCUCUCAAGAUCGCAUUGCGGGAGCUCAUUUUUUCAGUCCUGCUCACAUUAUGCCUCUUUUGGAGAUUGUACGUACUGGGAAAACUUCUCCGCAAGUAAUUCUAGAUUUAAUGACUGUUGGGAAAAUCAUAAAAAAGGUGCCUGUUGUGGUUGGUAACUGUACUGGCUUUGCAGUCAACAGAACCUUCUUCCCCUAUUCACAAGGUGCUCAUUUAUUGGCCAACUUGGGCGUGGACAUCUUCCGAAUUGACAGAGUAAUCAGCAAUUUUGGUCUUCCUAUGGGCCCUUUCCAACUUCAGGACUUGGCUGGGUAUGGAGUUGCCCUAGCAGUUGGAAAAGAAUUUGCCAGUGCAUUUCCUGAUCGCACGUUUAAAUCUCCACUGGUUGAACUGUUGGUCAAAAGUGGGCGAAAUGGUAAAGCCAAUGGGAAAGGGUACUACAUUUAUGAAAAGGGCAGCAAGCCAAAACCUGAUCUUUCAGUUCUACCAAUUAUUGAGGAUUCCAUGAGACUUUGCAAUAUUAUGCCCAGCGGAAAGCCUAUAUCUGUGACCGACCAAGAUAUUCUGGAGAUGGUACUCUUUCCAGUAGUGAAUGAGGCAUGUCGUGUUUUAGAUGACGAAAUCGUUGUUCGUUCAUCAGACCUGGACAUUGCAUCUGUUCUUGGAAUGAGCUUCCCUUCUCACUGGGGCGGUAUUGUUUUCUGGGCAGACUUGCUUGGGGCCAAUUAUGUGUAUACUCGUCUGAAAAAAUGGUCAGAGCUAUAUGGUAACUUCUAUAAACCAUCGAGGUAUUUAGAAGAAAGAGCAAGGAAAGGCAUUCCUUUGAGUGCGCCUGCUUCAUCUAUUCCAAGGUCAAAAGCACGCCUAUAGGUGGUAAUAUUGCCAAGUCUUCCAGCAUACCCUGGCGGGUGUUACUUCUUUGCAUGUUUGUACUUCUCGGAAUGGGAAAACGAUUUUGCAAGUACUUGUACUUUGACUUGAAUCUUUAAUUUGGUACUCAUGCCAUUUUUCAUUUGAUUAAAUCCUUCAACUUUCUGUUUGUAUCAUUAGCAUCUGUAAAUUUAUUCUGUUAACACAAUUAGCCCUUGUACAUGAGCUAAUGAUGCUAAUAGAGCAAAAUUAAAGGAUUUAAUCAAGAAAGAAAACGUACAAGUACCAAAUUAAAAAUUACAAGAAAGUAUAGAUAUCUGCAAAAUGGUUUUCUUUCAGAAUUAAUAAGAUUUGGGUCCUCAAAAUUAUAAAACAGGAGAGAAGCCAGGGAAGAGGAGAGACUUUCUUUUGGUCCUCCAUUAUAGAAUUUGUCGUCUGCUUGCUUUGGACAAAACCGUCAAUGAAUUUUAUAUUUUAGUUGUUAUGGUGAUUAACGGAGUCCCCUUGUUGAUCUUUUGCCUGGAAUUGGUAUCUUUUCAACUUGCUGUUUUGUGUAUUUGAAGUGUUUUCAAUGGUCGACAUUUAGGCCAUUCAAUAAUCAAAGCUUUGGCAUGUUGUGUUGAA